UAUAUUUACCCUGAAAAGCCCUUUAGUGCAAUGUAGAGUUAUAAAUAACCAUUAGGGCCUGAGCAAGUGGCCUUAACACAUGGAUUUCUUUCUAAAAAUGCAGAGCCAUUUUAAUUAAAUUUGUAAUUUACCAUUGGGGGGGGCAGCCCCCCUGUAGUUUGCCUGCUUGGGAGACAACAGCAAGAUGGGAGUCAUGCUUGUGCUGAUGCUGCCCCUGCUGCUGCUGGGAAUCAGCGGCCUCCUCUUCAUCUAUCAGGAGGUGUCCAGGCUGUGGUCAAAGUCAGCCGUGCAGAACAAAGUGGUGGUGAUCACUGAUGCCCUCUCAGAGCUGGGCAAAGUUUUUGAUUUCUGAAAUCAAGGGGCACCCCUUAGUCCGUGGCGUCAUAGAUGUGAUCAGAUGGGGAAGGAAGGCUCAGCUUAUGCUUAUUGGCUGGAAGAAAAGAUCAAUCUCAAAGUGCUUGGCACAAGAGUGCGCCCGGUUGUUCCACACAGGUGGGGCAAGGCUGGUCCUGUGCGGGAAGAACUGGGAGAAGCUGGAAAGCCUGUAUGACUCCUUGAUCAGUGUGGCUGACCCCAGCAAGACAUUCACCCCCAAGCUGGUCCUCCUGGAUCUCUCCGACAUCAGCUGUGUCCAAGAUGUGGCAAAGGAAGUCCUGGACUGCUACGGCUGUGUGGACAUCCUCAUCAACAACGCCAGCGUGAAGGUGAAGGGGCCUGCCCACAAGAUUUCUCUGGAGCUCGACAGAAAGAUCAUGAAUGCCAAUUACUUAGGACCCAUCACCUUGACCAAAGUUCUGCUUCCUAACAUGAUCUCCCGGAGGACCGGUCAGAUCGUGCUGGUGAACAGCAUCCAAGGAAAGUUCGGGCUCCCGUUCCGGACAGCUUACGCUGCCUCCAAACAUGCUGCCCUGGGCUUCUUCGACUGCCUGCGAGCCGAAGUGGAGGAAUAUGAUGUGGUGGUCAGCACCGUGAGCCCAGUGUUCAUCCGGUCCCACCAUGCUCACCCAGAGCGAGGGAACUGGAGCGCUUCCAUCUGGAAAUUCUUUUCCAGGAAGCUGACCCAGGGCGAGCACCCGGUGGAGGUGGCCGAGGAGGUGAUGAGCACCGUGCGGCGGCGGAAGCAGGAGGUGCUGAUGGCCAACCCCAUCCCCAGGGCCGCCGUGUACAUCCGCGCCCUCUUCCCCGAGUUCUUCUUCGCCGUGGUGGCCUGUGGGGUGAAGGACAGGCUCAGUGUCCCGGGGGAGGGGUAACAGAAUAAAGGCUUUGCUGGCCA